AUGCCAAAAUCACUACUCGAUCUCACGGACGAAUUGCUUCAGCAUGUCGCGUUCUACCUCCACACCGACAAUUUCAUCCCUCUUCCAUCCUUCCAUCCUCACCAUUUCAACUGGGCUUCCGAGAUCGAUCCUCAGGUACAACGAGACUAUUUGAGUUAUAGAUCAACAUGUAUCAGAGUCAAGGAAUUGUGUCCUCCUAAAGGCCUACACGUUGUGCUGAAGAAAUGGGAUAGAUUGAUAGAAUGGACGGAGAGGGCACCAAACUCGAUCUUGGUCGGAGUCAGGCGUCUCGUACUAGAUGUUCCUCCCAGAGUCUCAAUGUCCUUGCAUACUGCAUGGCCGAUCCUUACAAGAUUUCUUGAGCUUCUCACCAAUCUCGAGGAGCUUAUCCUCCUUCAAACACCCCUCUGCCCACAUAAACACAAGGUGGCACCGCAUUUUGGACGACUCUCCCUAAACGAGGUGCCGAUCCAUACACGAGACUUCCUACCCAGUUUGAAGUCCUUUUCAAUCUCAGUACGAUGUGACUAUUGUCACGAGAAGCUGGAACAUAUGUUCAUUCCGGCGAUUCCUUUAAUCUCGACACUCAAGACCUCGGGCUUCUUUCUAGUGGAAGGUGCGGACGCUGAAUGGUCUGAUUUUCAUGACGAUACCACUAUGCCCCUAAAGACUAUCUAUACGAAAAUAUGCCACAUUGUGUACAUCAUUGUGGAAGCACCCGACUCACUUGAAGAUAUCGGAGAUCGAUUCCCAGAUCUCGAAACUCUGGUCGUGUCACGAUACGACGUUGAGGACGUCAAUGGCUGUCAUAUUAGAGCCCAACCCAUGACCGAUCGGGAAUGGGGGCUCGAAUACGAAUGUUCUGAAGGACUCAACUACAACUUUAUCAACUUUGUUACCGAUGAUUACGAAGACCAUUGGGAUUAUUUGGUCCGCUUCCUGAAGAAUCUGGGAACGUUAAAGAAGCUCAAAACACUCUAUAUCGUCAUGAUAUUCACGAUCAAAGACAGACGACCCUCGCCUGACGAAUACUCUAAAGAAAUCAGAUGCAGUGAUCUUCACAGCGGCCCGAACAAAGCCCAUCAGAAAAUCCAGGAAUACGAAAGCAAACUUCGUUCCGCCAUGUCAAUGGCUGCUAUUCCCUUUUUAGAGCAUAUUCCCAGCUUGGAGACAGGAUACUUCUGGGAGCCUUAUGGGCCCCUCAAGCCGACAGGGUGGAUGGAUAUUGAGGAAUGGUACAGAUGGGAAUAUCGACGUGUGAUACAUAACGAUGGAUCCUGGGGUGUAGAGAUGAUGCCCACACCACAACAUCUCAGCUCGGAUUUCAUCGCUAAUCCAGAUGGAAUGGAGCAUUGA